CAAAGCUUGGUAGUCUGUAUCCAGACACGAACCGAGGAGGGCGUGCAGUGUUUCGUUUGCCUAGUGAAGCCUAAAUAACUUUUGUCACAAUGAGGGAAAUUAUCCAUCUUCAAACAGGCCAAUGUGGCAACCAGAUUGGAACCAAGUUCUGGGAGAUCAUCAGCGACGAGCACGGCAUCCAGCCCUCGGGCGAGUAUGCGGGCACCAACAAGGAACUUAUGGACCUGCAGCUCGAGCGCAUCAUCGUCUACUAUAAUGAGGGCAACCAGGGCAAGUAUGUGCCCCGGGCGGUGCUGGUGGACCUGGAGCCCGGCACCAUGGACAGCGUCAGGGCAGGUCCCCACGGCCAGCUCUUCAAGCCCGACAGCUUUGUAUUUGGUCAGAGCGGCGCAGGCAACAACUGGGCCAAGGGCCACUACACUGAAGGCGCUGAGCUGGUCGACUCUGUCCUCGAUGUCGUGCGGAAGGAGUCUGAGAAAUGCGACUGUCUGCAGGGCUUCCAGCUCACACACUCCCUCGGUGGCGGCACUGGCUCCGGCAUGGGUACUCUUAUCGUCUCGAAAAUCCGUGAAGAAUUCCCCGAUCGAAUUAUGAACACGUUCUCCGUUGUGCCUUCUCCUAAAGUUUCCGACACUGUCGUUGAGCCAUACAACGCGACUCUGUCUAUUCACCAGCUUGUGGAGAACACAGAUGAAACCUUCUGCAUUGAUAACGAAGCGCUCUACGAUAUUUGCUUCCGUACAUUGAAGCUGCAGAACCCCACUUACGGAGAUCUUAAUCACCUCGUCUCACUAACCAUGUCAGGUGUCACAACUUGCCUCAGGUUCCCAGGUCAACUGAACGCAGAUCUCCGUAAGCUCGCGGUCAACAUGGUGCCUUUCCCGCGUCUGCAUUUCUUCAUGCCUGGGUUCGCACCUCUGACAGCUCGUGGGUCGCAGCAAUACCGCGCACUCACCGUGUCUGAGUUGACACAACAAAUGUUCGACGCAAAGAACAUGAUGGCUGCCUGUGACCCGCGCCAUGGACGAUACCUGACAGUUGCUGCCAUCUUCCGAGGCCGUAUGUCCAUGAGGGAAGUAGAUGACCAGAUGUACACUAUCCAGAACAAGAACUCCUCUUACUUUGUUGAAUGGAUCCCAAAUAACGUCAAAACUGCUGUGUGUGACAUUCCUCCUCGCGGUCUCAAGAUGGCUGCCACUUUCAUCGGUAACUCCACGGCUAUCCAGGAGCUGUUCAAGCGAGUGUCGGAACAGUUCACAGCGAUGUUCAGGCGCAAGGCUUUCUUGCACUGGUAUACUGGCGAGGGCAUGGACGAAAUGGAGUUCACCGAGGCCGAGUCUAACAUGAACGACUUGGUGUCUGAGUAUCAGCAAUACCAGGAGGCAACCGCCGAGGAUGAGGGAGAGUUCGAAGAAGAGGGUGAGAUGGAGGAGGCCGAGCACGCCUAAACGAUCUAGGAUAAUUUUUUUGUGUCUUCUACUGCCACGUUCUGUCGGUCUACGGGCCAUUGCCUGCACCGAACGAGCCAUCACUGACACUAAAUUCUACGGAACUUCAGUGUUUCUCUUGGUCGACGUAAUGAAAAAUGAUGUGUGUCGUUAGCUUCGAGUAACAAAUUUUGAAAUUCAUAGGUGAAAUCGAGUAACCUGAGAUGCGAAUAGGUUUUUUCUUCGUAAAAUUACUAUUGAACUCUCGGAAUUAAUAAUUUUUAGUUUAUUUUCCAGCUUUAAGUACCGUAUUUGCCCGUGCAUCAUGUAACAUGUUUUCGGUCUCGUGUAUUUACUCAACUUACGAUCAUGUGAUUUUAAAUAAUAUUACAGGUAUAUUCAUAUUGAAGAACUGAGACAAGAAAUGUCUGAAGUUGGCUACGCGAAGCAAAUUCUAGCAACGUUCCUUAAACUUGAGCUCCUAGAGCCAUGCUUGUAUUCUACGCCUUUGCUGUACUAUAUUCAGUAGAACUUGUAACAACCAAGUCAAUUUGUCAGGAAAGAAGAGGCGUAUAUAAGACGGCCUUUACUGACCUAGAAUAAACUACAUUUCUUUCUGAAGAAAUUAAAUUAGCAAUUCGUGUGCACUUGAGGCUUUUAUGAAGAAUGCUUUUUAAACUCGUUUCCUAUCGUGCAAGCGGAAUUUGAAGUUUUUUCUUGAUUUUUAGCGAUCAAAUUGUCGAAAUUUCAAUAUUUAGAUACUUCCGAGUCGUUAAGUCUCACGCAUGCAUAUAGUCAUUCCAUGUAAGUUUGGUCUCGGACCUGAACUCGUUGUACAAUAGGUCUCCAAACUUGUUCCAUUCGAAAUAAGAUCUAAGAAUUUCUAUUUAUUUUAAUGGUUUCGUCGUAAACCAAUUCAUUAUUAUUUAAACACUAGUCAAUUAAUUUUGCCCUCUUUUUUAAGUUGGGUCUCAGUCCGUUUCUUAUUCCAAAGAUGCGCUGCGCAGCUCAAUAAAUAUCCCAUCAGAAA